CUAUUUGUCUUGUAGCCUUUUUUGGAAGCCUUUUCUUGACUCACACAUUCAAUACGAUCACAGAUAUUUUUUUUUUUUUUUUAAAUCUUUUUGGGUCAUUUACGAAAUCAACGAACAACCUCAAUCUGUGCCUCUGGCAUCCUACCAUACCAUAAGAAGCUUGAAGGUAAAUCUUAUUCUCGGUCUUCAGGAAAGUUGUAACAAAUAGGUCAAGACAAUCUAAGUGAAUGAUUUGUAGCUAUCCAUGAUGUGAGCGUUGGCUAUUUUUACUUUACAAGAAUAUAAAGUUUUACUUCCGUUCGUGGAUUUGCAGUGAAGGGUAUUGAAUAGUGGUUAGAACUAUGGGGUGUUUCCAAUUCUAUAAUGGAGAGAAAAAGGAAGAACCAAAGACUACAAAAUCAAAUUCUGCCCAAUCCUCAUUUACUGAUCGAGAGAUGAGGCAUUCUGGAUCCGAUUUUAAUUCCCAGGAUGUAUCAAACACUAGCUCUGAAUCCAGAGGAAGAAGCCAAUUUCCAAUUUUGUCCGACAGGUCCAGUAAUCUCAGGGCUUUUACUUUUUCCGAGAUGAAACAAGCAACAAAAAAUUUCAACAGGUCUACCAAGCUUGGAGAGGGUGGAUUUGGAUGCGUUUUUAAGGGUGUGGUCAACAUUUCUGAAGAUCCAGAUAUCAAACUUGAUGUGGCAAUAAAACAACUAGGUCGAAGAGGACUGCAGGGUCAUAAAGAAUGGGUGACAGAAGUAAAUGUCCUUGGUGUGGUUGAACAUCCAAAUCUUGUGAAACUCAUUGGAUACUGUGCUGAGGACGACGAAAGAGGAAUCCAACGGCUUUUGGUAUAUGAAUUCAUGCCUAAUGGAAGCGUGGAAGAUCAUUUAUCGGCUAGGUCAGAGACACCGCUUCCUUGGGCUAUGAGGCUGAAGAUAGCCCAAGAUGCUGCUCGUGGCUUAGUAAACCUGCAUGAGGAAAUGGAUUUUCAGAUCAUCUUCAGAGAUUUCAAAUCUUCUAAUAUUCUCCUAGAUGAGCAAUGGAAUGCUAAACUAUCAGACUUCGGAUUGGCUCGGUUGGGCCCUCCAGAAGGACUAACACAUGUAUCAACAGCGGUUGUGGGAACCCUGGGGUAUGCAGCUCCUGAGUACAUUCAAACUGGUCGUCUAACGUCCAAGAGUGAUGUAUGGAGCUAUGGAGUCUUUCUCUACGAACUAAUUACAGGUAGAAGACCAUUGGAUCGAAAUCGUCCCAGAAGUGAGCAGAAGCUCUUGGAAUGGGUAAGACCGCACUUAUCCGAUGCUAAGAAGUUUCAGUUGAUAUUGGAUCGGAAGCUUGAAGGGAAGCAUGUGCCUAAAUCCGCGCACAGGCUCUCACUUGUAGCCAAUCGUUGCUUAGCCAGACUCCCGAAAUCACGCCCAAAAAUGAGCGAGGUUUUGGAAAUGGUGAAUCAAGUUGUGGAGGCAUCAACAGGGACAGGCAAUCCUCAACCACCCCUAAGGAGUCCCAUGUCAACGGCAACUUUUGAGGAAACCGAAGCUGCUAAAGACAAAAGGAGAUUCAUGGACGUGAAAAUUGGAGACGCUGGUUGGUUGGUUCGUAUGUGGUCAACAAAGCUCGUAAAGACCUGCUGAUUUUCGUUGUUUUUUUGGAUAUAUGCAGGAAUGAUAGCUAGAAUAGAGAUUGUAAUGAAUGUCACAGGGACACAAAUCUGGAUUGUUAGAAAUGACAACCGUGUUUAUGUGAAUUUAGAUUUUAAUGAAAUUUUCGUUUGGUAUCA